AUGCCUCACACAAUCGCAUUCAUCGGCGCCUCUGGCGGCUGCGGCCUCGCCGCCCUCCGCCGCGCCGUCUCCGCCGGCCACACCUGCAUCGCCCUCUGCCGCACGCCCUCCAAGAUGUCCGUCCACUUCCCCUCGGCGCCGCCCAACCUCGUCGUCCUCGCCGGCAACGCGCACGACGCCUCGGCCGUCGUCUCGUGCCUCGUGCGGCCCGACGACCCGCGGCGGCUCGUCGACGCCAUCCACGUCUCCGUCGGCGGCCGGCUGGACCUCCGGACCUUUGCCCUCGACGACCCCGACGUCUGCAAAAAGGCCACGUCCUGCAUCCUCUCCGCCCUCGCCUCCCUCCGCCGCGACAAGGGCUGCGAGGGCCGCCCGCUGUACACCGUGAUUAGCACGACCGGCAUCUCCAGGUUUGGGCGCGACGUGCCGCUGGGCAUGCUGCCCAUGUACAAGUGGAUGCUGCACCAGCCGCACGCGGACAAAGAGGUCAUGGAGAGGGAGCUCACGGCGAGCGGGGAGCGGGUGGUCAUGAUCCGUCCGAGCUAUCUGAAAGACGAGGCCAAGCCGGAAAAGGCGAUUCGAGUCGGUGUGGAGGACCCGAGCAAGGGCGUGGAGAGGAAGGAGGUUGGGUACUUUAUCGCGAGAGAGGAUGUGGGAAGAUGGGUGUAUGAGAAUCUGCUGCAGGACCCGGCAGAGUGCCAGUACGAGGGCAAGGCUUUGUCACUUUCAUGGUAA